GUAAAAGGGGAGGUGAAGAACCAUUCCAGAUAACACAUCCAGUGCGGAGCGUAAGCUGAGCCUUGCAUCUCACCGCCAGUUCUAGUUCAGCCAUUCACUCGGUUUCUGCCCUUCCUCGCUCGGACACACGCCGCAUUCCGGUAAUUUUUGGAUAGGGCCCGGCGAUGUUUCUCUGCAGAGCGGCCUGGCAAAGAUGUGGGCCUUUGGCAAGGAAUUCAGUCCACCAGUUAUCUAGAGAUUUUGUGCCUCGACGACAGAUGUCGUCGGUUCCCGGUGGUGCUGGCGAUAACAUCAUCUACGCCCUGCUGUGCGGUGGAGCCUUCGCCGGAGCCAUUGCCUACACGUACAGCACCGUGACCACAGACCACGCCAGAUUCAAUGACCGUGUGGCGAAUAUGAAGUUUAAUUCAGAGACUGAGUGGGUGCCCAAACCCUGGCCUCCUAAGAGCCGAGAGGAGGAAGAGGAGGGUGAAAAAGCGUCAGCCGGCGAUGAAGGAGACGAGGCUUCGGCUGAGGUUGAAGAUGCCACGGUGGAGGCAGAGGCAGCCUCUGAAGAACCUGCUAUCGAAGCAGAAGCAGCAGCGGAGGAAGUUGCAACUUUUGAGACCGAGCCAACUGUCGAGGGUGUGGUAGAGGCAGAAACCGAGAUUGUGGUGGGGGAGAUCGCAGAGGCUGUCGCAGAGGUCGCUGCGGAGGUUGUCGAGGUGGCAGCUGAGGUAGAGGCGGCGGCAGAGGAAGUGGCCAGCGUGGCAGAGGCUGCGGAGGAGGAAGUGGCCAGCGUGGCAGAGGCUGCGGAGGAGGCAGCGGAGGAAGUGGCCAGCGUGGCAGAGGCUGCGGAGGAGGCAGCGGAGGAAGUGGCCAGCGUGGCAGAGGCUGUGGAGGAGGCAGCUGAGGCUGUAGCCGCGCCCACUCUGGCCGAGGAGGCGGUUGUCGUGGCUGAACCGGAGAUCAACGCUCUUUCAGCAGUAUCUACUUUGGAUGCGACGACUGUCGCUGAAGUGGUUCUGCCUGUUGUAGGAGUCAAGGAGACUGCACUGGCUGCUGAAGAGGCCUCAGCUAAGCUUGCACCAGAAGAGGAGGUGCCAGCUGAGCUUGCACCAGAAGAAGAGGUGCCAGCUGAGAUUAUUCCGGUAGAGGUGGCACAAGCAGUGGAUGAGGAGGUCUCAGCUGAGGUUGCACCAGUAGAGGAGGCGCAAGCUGAGGUUAAACCAUUAGAGGAGAUGCCAGCUGAGUUUGAAUCAGUAGAGGAAUUGCGAGUUGAGGCUGCAGCAGUAGAGGAGUCCUCAGUUGAGGCUGCACCAGUAGAGGAGUCCUCAGUUGAGGCUGCACCAGUAGAGGAGUCCUCAGUUGAGGCUGCAUCAGUAGAGGAGACCUCAGUUGAGGCUGCAUCAGUAGAGGAGACCUCAGUUGAGGCUGCAUCAGUAGAGGAGACCUCAGUUGAGGCUGCAUCAGUAGAGGAGACCUCAGUUGAGGCUGCAUCAGUAGAGGAGACCUCAGUUGAAGCUGCAUCAGUAGAGGAGAAACCAGUUGAGGCUGCACCAGUAGAGGAGAAACCAGUUGAGUCUGCACCAGUUGAGUCUGCACCAGUAGAGGAGGCACCAGUUGAUGCUGCACCAGUAGAGGAGGCGCCAGUUGAGGCUGCGCCAGUUGAGGCUGCACCAGUUGAGGACGGGCCAGUAGAGGAGGCAUCAGUUGAGCCCGCACCAUUAGAGGAGGCGCCAGUUGAGACCGCACCAGUAGAGGAGGCGCCAGUUGAGGCCGCGUCAGUAGAGGAGGCGCCAGUUGAGGCCGCGUCAGUAGAGGAGGCGCCAGUUGAGGCCGCGUCAGUAGAGGAGGCGCCAGUAGAGGCCGCGCCAGUUGAGGCCGCGCCAGUAGAGGAGGCGCCAGUUGAGGCCGCACCAGUAGAGGAGGCGCCAGUUGAGGCUGCACCAGUAGAGGAGGCGCCAGUUGAGGCUGCACCAGUAGAGGAGGCGCCAGUUGAGGCUGCACCAGUAGAGGAGGCGCCAGUUGAGGCUGCACCAGUAGAGGAGGCGCCAGUUGAGGCCGCACCUGUAGAGGAAGCAUUAGCUGAAGUUGCACCAGUAGAGGAGGCGCCAGUUGAGGCUGCACAAGCAGAGGAAGCAUUAUCUGAAGUUGCACCAGUAAACGAGGCCCCAUUUGAGGUUGCACCUGUAGAAGAGGACUCAGCUGAGGUUGCACUAAUAGAGGAGGUCUCUGCUGAGGUGGGACCAGCAGAAGAGGAAGCGCCAGCUGAGGUUGCACCUGUAGAAGAGGACUCAGCUGAGGUUGCACUAAUAGAGGAGGUCUCUGCUGAGGUGGGAUCAGCAGAAGAGGAAGCGCCAGCUGAGGUUGUACUAGUAGAAGACACUCCAGUAGAGGCUGCUGAGGAUGUGCCAGUAGAAGAUGCUGUAAUAGAGGCUGCUGAGAGUGCACCAGAAGAGGAAGACUCAGAUGAGAUUGCAGUAGUAGAAGAUGCUCUAGUAGAGCCUGUGAAGGAUGCACCAGCAGAAAAUGCUCUAGUGGAUGAUGAUCCUGAAGAGGAAGCCUCAGCAGAAGAUGCACUAGUAGAAGUUAUUCCAGUUGAGGUACAGGUGCCCAAAAAGGAGUACAUUGUAGUGGUGCUGGAGGGAUCAGCCAAGACAGACAAGAGGCCCAAAGUCCUGGGGGUUGGCCCAAUGACUGGCAGGAUCAUCCCUGCCCUGGAUGACGAAGAAGCCCCUGCUGCUGAGGUAAAAGGCCAAGCGACGGCUGCUUAGGAUGCAGAUGCAAUAGCACCAACCGACAGUAGGCACCCGGAGCCCCUAGAUGUUAUGUUCUUGUCCUGUGGAAGAAAAGGGACGUGCCUUCCUCCUCCCCUGACACUCAAGCUUUCUCCUUGACCCCUCUACACCAUUUGACCCCUAACCUCUGUCGUUGACCAUGGAUAUUUAUCUGUGGUGUUCAGAUAGUGUUUUCGGAUAGUGCCUGCUUUAUGAAAACAAAUGAUCUGAUUGGUCUUUCUAGAUGUAUGAGACCUGUUACACAAAGAGGAAUGCUUCUAUUGUACCACAUCAGUUACAAAAAUUGUUACAAAUAGGCCUUACAGCCACAUGGAGUUAUAGUACAAUAUGAAAAAACGAUCUUCCUUUUUAGAUUUUCAAAGACAGCAAAUCUCUGGGAGUUUAGAGCUGGUUUUGCACAAUUUACGUUACUUAACCUAGUCAGUUUAAUUUUACAGUUUACAACUUUGAUAUGGUCAGCCAAACGCUAAUUAUAUAUUCGGGGAAUGCAAAAACAAUCCCAGGAUGCCAUGUGUUGCAUAUCUAGCAACAUUUUCUUACAUUGGGUUAUAUUUGGCCUUGGAAAAAACAUUCUCGGUUGGCACCAGGAGAAUAUAGACAAUUCAGGACAAUCUGACAUCUUCAGUCUGGUAGUUUGUUCAUGCUUAGGCUACUCCUGUAGCUCUUUAUUUAAAGCUUGAUAGGAUAUUUAAAAUUUUCAAAUCGCACACUGGUCAUGCCAUUGACCACCCCACAAGUUUACAUUACCUCAGAAACCUCAAAGUAGUUUGAACCCAGUGGCGUUUGUGUUAUUACCACGCAAUGUUAAGCCACCAGAAUUCAACCACCGGAUGUUGCCGGUGCUGCGCGGGACAAAGUGUGUUGUUAGUGUGACCAGCAUUUUAUACUCAGGUUUUUGCCCUUUGAGCCAAUUCCAAUGUGAACAUAAUAAGUAUUUAACUUUCAAACGCCUGUAAAUCAUUCUCGAGUCACUGGCUUCUUUUUAGGAGACGUAUUAGGGCUCCCACACUACCUCCGUUUCCGCUUUUAUUUUAGCCAGUGAUUCACAGACCUUAAAAGUGCAGUCACACUGUUACAGUUCAGCAAACCGUCGAGUUGCAAGAAUCAUUGAACUAACAUCGGGAAACAUAACUAGCCAGUCGAGUUUACAUUCAGUAAUGUCUUUUCAGGCUGGACUCCGUAGCGUAGUCCAUAAUGUCACUGUUCAACAAGAUUUCAUAAGGCAGACACUUUCAUCUCUUUACUUUCUCCCUCCCACUCUGCUCAGAACUACGACUAUAUAAAAACCGGUUGUGUUAGACAAUCCAUUUAACUGUGUAUUGUGAUAACCUGUAUAUGGAAUAGGGGAAAGCCAUGAUUUCAGUAGGUUGCAUGUUGUCUGAGCCUGAUUAAAAAAUGGGGGAUGAAAGUAGAAUUUCUACACAGCUUUCAGGCAUGUGUGGGUGCAUUAAUGAAUACAUGAUGAGUCAAGUAUAGGAUACUUAUCUUCUUUUCAAAUCUCUGACUUCUCUCACUCAUAAAUGUAUGUUCAACUUUUAUCAUGACCUGUUAAAAUACUUUGUGGACUAAUAACACAGGGCAGGUGCAGAUAUAUUUUUACAUCUCACUUUCCCCCAUUCCCUCAGUAUUAUAUUUUAUUUCUUGAAAUGUUACCCGUGCUUGAAUAGGUACCAAGACCGUUGAUAAGAAAUGAAUGUUAACUUGUACCUAAUUAAGGGGUGGGGUAAAUAAGUCUGUAUUAAAAUGAGGAGGCGGAUUUCGUGUGAGGUAUGUAUGAUAUGUGUAUGUUGGCCUGUUCUGUCUGGUGUGUGGAUGGCAUCACAAUGCUCACCGGACUAGUGUAGGCCAGAAACUGUGACUGUUGGUGAAAUAUUGUUUUCUGAAAAUAAAGAGGGAAUCAAAAAGGAAAA